AUUUACAAAAUGCAGCGCUACCUAUCACGAUCCAUGGCAACAAUCGCAUACACAAUUUGAAAUUGAUCGAAACCUGUCGAAACAUAAACAACAUGGCGAAUAAAAGAAAUACAACGUUACAUGCAAUCAGCUUUCUCGAUGUUAAACAGUUUAAUCUCAAAAAAUGUCGACUGAAAAGGUUCUUUAUCAGUUGUAUCAACCCCAUGGUACUGGUACCGUUUUCAUUUCCUGGCGUCCUGGUAAUAGCACUCAUUUAGCAACUACUGGUUAUGAUUCUUCAGUUGCUAUUUUUGAUAGACAAGGCGAUUUGCAAGAACGUAUCCAAAUUGCUGGUCUGUGCACUGGUUUUGGAUGGGAUUCUGAUGGAGAUCUAUUGGCUAUUAUAUCGCAGAAUUCCUCUACCAUCACAUUAUGGGAUGCAACAACUGGAAAAAAGACACAAAUAGAUGCUGGCGUAAGAGAUGGAUUAACAUGCAUGAUAUGGGCGAAAAGAACUUGUCUGUUAGCAGUAGGAACACAAAAAGGGAAUCUGGUGCUUUAUGAUCAUUUAAAUGCCAAACGAAUACCAAUUUUGGGGAAACACAGAAAGAAGAUAACUUGUGGUGCUUGGUCUUAUGAAGGUCUCCUUGCAUUAGCCAGUGAAGACAAGGUUUUAACUAUCAGCACAAGUGAUGGGGAUACAAAACGUGAAAUACCUCUUCAAGGUGAUGCAUCUGAUAUUCAGUUUAAUGAGAUGAAAAUGGAUCACAGAGUUGGGGGUGAAAAUACAGUAUCUCUUAUUAUUAGUAAAACUACUUUAUUUUUAUACAAUAUUUUGGAUCCAGAAAAUCCUAUUGAAUUAGCUUUUCAAAAACGUUAUGGUUCUAUUGUUACUUAUAAAUGGUAUGGGGAUGGCUAUAUUUUAGUCGGUUUUCAAACUGGGUAUUUCACUGCAAUAUCCACGCAUAUUAAAGAGGUUGGUCAAGAACUAUUUCAAGUUAAGAAUCAUAAAGAUUCCUUGACUGACUUGACUAUAAGUCAAAUAAUAGGGAAAAUUGCUACAUGUGGAGAUAAUACCAUAAAAAUACAUAAUCUGCAAAAUUUAGAAGAAACUGAAAAAUUAAUUUCAGUAAGUGGUGAAACUGGAAUUAGUACAGUAGAAUGGUCAAUGGAUGGUACAAUGAUAGCAACUGUGACUCACAGUGGUAAUGUUUUGGUCUAUUUAAUACAAAUCCCUAAAUUAUCCAGCGUCUGUGGAAAUAGAAUUGCACUACUUACCAGUUUAACAGAAAUUACAGUCCAUCUCUAUACAUUAGAUAAGGAGAAAUCAGAACCAAUAAUAAUUAACAGUAUAAUAGAACCGUCGGUAUUAACAAUAGGUCCCAUGCAUGCAGCAGUAGGAUUAAACAACAGAGCAUUGUUCUGGGAUAUAACUGAAAGCCAUUAUAAUACUACAGUGCACUUCGAAAGAGAUUAUUUAGCAACAAUAGAUAGUAUAAGAUUGAAUGAAGCCUAUGCAUCUGUUUUAUUCGAUGGCAAAUUACAGUUGCAUUCGAUUAAAAUGGAUCAAACACUAACAAAAGAAGGGAAAGACACGAAAAUGUUUCCAGACUUAAAUGCUUCAGACUUUAAAGUAACGUGCCAUGCUCUUAGUAACGACUUUUUAAUCUAUGGCAGUGAUAUGGGCCACAUAAUUUAUUUUUGUUUAGAAGUCUUUACUCAAUGUACUGAACAUGUACAUGAUAAUGGCAUAAAGGAAAUCUAUUUAGAUACAAAUGGAACACAAUUGUGUUUCAUAGAUAAUAAGUUUGACGCUUAUAUGUAUAAUCCUGUCCAAGAAACUGUUUUACAAAUUCCUGAUUGUCUAGAUUAUAUUCGAGGUGUAAUUUGGGAUCAAAAUAUUAUGGAACGUAAUAUAUUUGCUAUUUACAAUAAAACUGUCAUUACUACAUAUAUGUUUGUGAAAUACUUUAUUGAAGGUACAAAAAUUAUAAAGAUAAAUACAACAAAACUGCCAUCUGAAACAUUACCACUACUGAUGUAUUCUGGAGAAUUGACAUUAAGUUCAACAAGUAAUAAAUUAAUGCAAAUUACAUUGUCUUCUCAUGAAGAUAUAGGAAAUAUUGUGGAAUAUACAAAAAUGAAAGAAAUAUUAGAAAAUCAGAUUCUUUGCAGAAGAUAUCAACAGGCAUGGGACACAUGUGAAAGAAUCAACGAAAAAGAUUCAUGGUUAAAAUUAGGAGAAAGUGCAAUUGCAAAUUUGAAUAUUAAUUUUGCAAUUCGAAUUUAUCGCUACUUGGAAGAUGCUGCAAUGGUUUGGGCAUUACAAAAUAUGGAAAAUAUUGAUGAAUUGCCAUUGUUAUGUGGACAUGCUUGUAUUUUACUUGGUAAUUAUAAUGAGGCAGAACAAUUUUUUUUACAAUCAUCAGAACCAGUACAAGCUUUGUAUUUAAGAAGGGACUUAAUGCAAUGGGAACAAGCAUUGAAUUUAGCACAGAAGUUGAAAGCUGAUGAAAUUCCUUAUAUUGCUAGAGAAUAUGCUCAACAGUUAGAGUUUACAGGUAAUUAUCCAAAAGCGUUAACAAAUUACGAACGUGGAUUAAUAGAUUCAAAUAAUAUAUCUAAUGCAACUGCACAUAAUCCGCAUCAUCGAAAUUUAUGUCUUGCUGGAAUUGCGAGAAUGUCUAUCAGAUGUGGAGAUAGUAGAAAAGGAGUGAGCAUAGCUAUGGAUAAUGAAAGUUCAAGACACUUACGAAAAGAAUGUGCAGAAAUACUAGAAUCAAUGAAACAAUUUAAUGAAGCUGCAUUGUUAUAUGAAAAAGCUGAAUAUUUUGAUAAAGCAGCUUCUGCAUAUAUAAAAUUAAAAAAUUGGCAAAAAGUGGGGCAACUUUUACCACAAAUUUCAUCUGCCAAAAUUAAUAUACAAUAUGCCAAAGCCAAAGAAGCUGAAGGCAAAUAUGAAGAAGCAGCUAAAGCAUAUGAGACUGCAAAAGAUUAUGAGAACAUAAUUAGAAUUAAUUUGGAAUAUUUAAAUAAUCCUGCUCGAAGUGUUGAAGUAGUACAACAAACUAAAAGUAUAGAAGGAGCUAAACUAGUCGCAAAAUACUUUCAAAAAAUGAAUGACUAUAAUUCAGCAAUUAAAUUUCUGAUUUUAUCAAAUUGUCACGAAGAAGCGUUCCAGUUAGCUAAUCAACACGGAAAAAUGGAAUUGUAUGGGGAAAUCCUAAUAAAUACAAUUGACGAUAGCAAUGCACGAAGAGAAGAUUUUAAAAGUCUUGCAAUGCAUUUCGAAUCUCAGAAAAAUAAUUUUUUAGCUGGAAAAUAUUACUUUCAUGCUAAGGAAUAUCAAAAAGCAUUGCGGCAUUUGUUAAAAGCUGCUCAAUUAGUAACAGAUGAAAAUGAAGUCCUGUCAUUAGCUAUUGAUGCAGUUGCUUCUUCAAAAGAUGACAAAUUAGCAAAUCAAUUAAUUGAUUUUUUAUUAGGUGGAGAUGGAUUACCUAAGGAUCCUAAAUAUCUAUUUAGAUUAUACAUGGCUAGAAAACAAUACAAAGAAGCUGCAAAAACAGCAAUUAUAAUUGCAAAUGAAGAACAAAUUAAUGGAAAUUAUAGAAGCGCUCAUGAUGUUUUAUUUGGCAUGUAUCAAGAACUGAAAAAAAAUAAAAUCAAUAUACCUUCAGAAAUGCAAGAUAAUUUAAGACUUUUACAUUCAUACAUUCUUGUCAGGCUUCAUGUAAAAAAAAAUGAUCAUUUACGUGGUGCUCGUAUGUUAAUAAGAGUAGCUAAUAAUAUAUCAAAAUUUCCAUCACAUAUUGUUCCAAUUUUGACUUCAACUGUAAUAGAAUGUCAAAGAGCUGGAUUGAAGUACGCUGCAUUUAAUUACGCCGCUAUGUUGAUGCGUCCGGAAUAUAGAAGCCAAAUUGAUGCUAAGUACAGUAAAAAGAUUGAAGCAAUUGUAAGAAAGCCACCAAAAUCAAAAGAUAACGAAAUUGAAGACGAACCUCUAACUCCAUGCCCAUAUUGCAAGAAUAAACUUCCAGAAACAGAGAUUAAUUGCAACAAAUGCAAAAAUACAAUACCUUUUUGUAUAGUUACAGGACGACAUAUCAUUGAAAAUGACUUUACAGCGUGUCCACAGUGUGAUUUUCCUUGUAUAAAAAGUGAAUUCUUAAGGAUCAUUGAAUCUGAAAAGACAUGCCCUAUGUGCUCAGAAAAAGUAGAUGUUAACAUGGUUUCAUCUACUCUUGACAUCCGUCUGUAUCUCGAUUUUCAAGAAGAAAAACCGUCAAUGAAAACCUAAAGAGUUUUAGCUAUAAUUUAAUAGAAGAUAGAAAAGUUAUUAUUUUUAUCAAACAGUGCCGUCCAAUAUGAGUACAACAUAAUUAAGUACAAGUAGCUUAUAUAAAUUCAUAUAUUAUUUAUAAAAUUUGUGCACAAAUCAAAUAAUGAUCACGUGGAAACAUCAAUAGUAUGUAGAUAUUAUUGCCAAUAAACUAGUCUCCAGCAAGUAUAAUUGAUUCAAUUCCACUACUACUAUUCUGACUACUUUAAACAAUUUGCUUUAAAUCAUUAAAACUACUUUAAAUCAUUAAAAGUUGCAGAAUUCUUACGUGGUUUUAUUCGAUCUGAGUAUUAUUAACACGCAUAUCUAACAUAUACAUUUAAGAUAUGCUUAAUACGCGAGAAUUUGAUAAACACUGAUAAGGCACAAUAAAGCGGCAUCUAACGGGUUUGCAUCAAUUAAAAUUCAAUUUAUCAAGAUAUUUUCGCACAAACACGUAGAAAUAUAUACGUAUCAGAAAAAUGACAACAUAGCAUGACUUUGAAAAAUUGAACUCAAUAUAAUGACGUUGAAUAUCUCGCAAUAAUCGUUCUAAUAGAUUCUUUAAAGUACAUGUUUAUACCUUUACUAUGUUAAAUUGAUUGAAAUAAAAUACAUUGAAGACGAAAA